AUGGCCCUUGACCUAUGGGAUCUCACACUUGAGCAACAGCAUAUAACAGCUGUGGAGGGCAUCGUGCCCACAUUGCAAAACAAGGUUGCUACAGUUAAUCUCGAUUGUCGUCUUGACCUGAAGACCAUUGCAUUGCAUGCCCGGAAUGCAGAAUAUAACCCCAAGCUUGGCUUUGGUGCCAAGUUUGCCAAGUUCAAGAUUCAAGACAUCAUCGAAAGCUGUGACGUGAAGUUCCCCAUUCACUUGGAGGGUCUUGCUUAUAGCCAUGGACAGCUCAGCAGUUAUGAGCCUGAGUUGUUCCCCGGCCUCAUCUAUCACAUGCUCAAGCCGAGGGUCGUGUUAUUGAUCUUCGUGUCGGGGAAGAUAGUGUUGACUGGUGCGGUCAGGGAAGAUAUUUAUACUGUGUUCAACACCAUCUAUAUAGUGCUGUGCGAGUUCAGGAAACCUUGA